GCGGCGGCGUGGAAAAUGGAUGCGGGGGAGGCCGGCGUGUGUGGCAGGGCGGGGAGCAGUGCCGACAGCCUGGCCGAGGAGGAGGAGGAGGACGACGACGAGGGGUGUCCCGGCAGCGGGCGGUCAAGCCGCACCUCAUCGCUGGUGAGCGGGCUGCUCACCGAGCUGUACAGCGCCGCCGAGGCGGCCGCCCCCGCCGGCAGCGCCCGCUCCCGCGCCCUCCGUGAGCUGCAGCAGCGGCCGAGCCAGGUCAAGUACCUGCGGCUGAAAGAUGUUGAUGAAUUAACAACUAUAAAACAAGAACUGAAUUACAGGAUUUCUAUUCAAUCAGCAAAGUUGCUUCGUCUUCUGAAGCAGAAAGACAGGCUUGUACAAAAAGUCCAGAAGAACUGCGACAUUGUUACAGCUUGUUUGCAGGCGGUUUCCCAGAAACGGUGGGUUGAUACAAAAUUGAAAUUCACUCUUGAACCAUCUUUAGGUCAAAAUGGUUUUCAGCAGUGGCAUGAUGCGCUCAAAGCAGUGGCCAGACUGCCGACAGGCAUCCCAAAGGAGUGGCGGAGAAAGGUUUGGCUGACCCUAGCUGAUCAGUACUUACACAGUAUAGCAAUUGACUGGGACAAAACCAUGCGUUUCACAUUCAAUGAAAGGAGUAAUCCUGAUGAUGACUCUAUGGGCAUCCAGAUAGUAAAGGACCUUCACCGAACUGGUUGCAGUUCUUACUGUGGCCAGGAGGCAGAGCAAGAUCGAGUGGUAUUGAAACGUGUUUUGCUGGCUUAUGCCAGGUGGAACAAAUCUGUUGGCUAUUGUCAAGGAUUUAACAUACUAGCUGCACUUAUUCUGGAAGUAAUGGAGGGCAAUGAAGGAGAUGCCCUGAAAAUCAUGAUUUACCUGAUAGAUAAGGUGCUUCCUGAUAGCUACUUUGUCAAUAAUCUCCGUGCUCUCUCUGUGGAUAUGGCUGUUUUCCGAGAUCUUUUACAAAUGAAGCUUCCUGAACUGUCCCAGCACUUAGACACCCUGCAAAGAGCUGCUAACAGAGAAAGUGGAGGAGGCUACGAACCCCCGCUUACAAAUGUUUUCACAAUGCAGUGGUUUCUGACGCUCUUUGCCACUUGUCUGCCUAACCAUACAGUUCUGAAGAUCUGGGAUUCAGUAUUCUUUGAAGGCUCUGAAAUUAUACUGAGAGUAGCUUUGGCUAUCUGGGCGAAGCUCGGAGAGCAAAUAGAGUGUUGUGAAACUGCAGAUGAGUUUUACAGUACCAUGGGCAAGCUGACCCAGGAGAUGCUUGAAGACAGUCUGAUUGACAGCAAUGAACUUAUGCAGACUGUUUAUACCAUGGCUCAGUUUCCCUUCCCACAGCUGGCAGAAUUAAGGGAGAAAUACACAUACAACAUUACUCCUUUUCCUGCAGCAGUAAAAUCAGCUUCAUUUUCAGGAAGGUUAGGCAGAACCAGAGACAGUGAUGAAGAGAAUGACUUAGAUGAUGAAGACUCAAUUGCGAAUGCAAUUGGCUGUCUUGGACCAUUGAGUGGGUUUUUGGCACCAGAGCUCCAAAAAUACCAAAAGCAGAUGAAAGAUCAGAAUGAAGAACAAAGUCUCGGUUCCAAUAACAUUGCAGAGUUAAGUCCAGGAGCAAUAGACUCUUGCCGAAGCGACUAUCAUGCUGCUUUUAACAGCAUGAUGAUGGAGCGUAUGACCACUGAUAUUAACGCACUGAAAAAGCAAUAUUCCAGGAUAAAGAAGAAGCAGCAACAGCAGGUUCACCAUGUAUAUAUCAGAGCAGGAUCUGAAGAUGAUGACCCUGGGAUUUUUUUAGGUCCCAGGGACCAACUGAACAAUGACAAGGGGCCAGUUACCAGCCUCCUCCCUUCUCAGGUAAACCACUCCCCGGUGAUAAACCACCUCCUUUUAGGAAAGAAGAUGAAAUUGAAUAACAGGUCUCUCAAAAAUGCUGUUAUUCACAUCCCAAGUCAUGCUACAGGGAAGAUGUCUCCCAUUCCCCAAGAAGAUCUUAAAACAAAACUCAACUCUCCGUGGCGCACUCACAUACGAGUUCAUCGGAAGAAUAUUGCAAGGGCCAAAGGCCAGCUGGGCUACGGGGAUACCGUAGGACUGAUAGAUGAGCAGAGUGAGAGCUGUAAAACAAAUAGUCCUGGUGCAAAGGAGGAGACUUCCAAACAUUCUGACUUUGGAGAAGGAGAAGGAGGUGGUUUGGAUGAGAGGACUACUCAGAAAGCUGAUCAUCAGUCAUCUGAGCUGCUCUCUGUGGACAGCAGUACAAACAUGGCAGUGAUUCAGCUAAAACUGGAAGCACUUGAACUCACCUCAGAUAGCAAAACCGAUGCUGAGUCAACACCCCAUCAGUCCAGCCAGCCACGUUUAUCAGAGUCCUCCACUUCAUCCAGAGACAGUGCAAACCUGGCUAAAUUGCCCCAACCUGGGAACCCAAAGCCACAAGUCUUCAAUCCUUUUCCCAGCGUCAAACCUCUUCGAAAGUCAGCUACAGCCAGGAAUUUAGGGCUUUAUGGCCCCACUGAAAGAACACCAACUGUACACUUCCCACAAAUGAGCAAAAGUUUCAAUAAGUCUGCCAGUGGCAACAGUGGGACCAGGAAACGAUGAAUACAAAAAAAUUGUAUUACCUUUUUUUUUAAUCUGUGCAUGUGUAUGUGUAUCCCAGAGUGUUUCUAAUCUUUAAGCAAUGGGGACAAAAGUGGUUACCAGGUGCAUAAAUAGGUGUCUUUGAAAACUGUGUUCCUGUGUUGUUAUGGGAUGGAUUAGUGAAAAAUGCGCUCUGGCACCCUAUUGUCAAUUCUGAUGGUCCUAUGUAAAAUAAACAUUAAUUUGCAGUGCAAAGCAUGCUGUUUCUUUAAAUCUAACUCAGACAUUAAAUCACCAGCUGCCUUUAGCCCCUCAGUCCCCCAUGGCUGCCUCCUGUCUUUCUGAGCUCGAAGGACAAAUUGUCCAGUGCAGCAGACAGGUAUAACAGUUUUUGUGACUGUUACGCAGCUUCCUCCUUAGACCUCAUCCUCACGCUCCAUGAGAGCCAAAGAAGCCAUGACUUAACAGAAGCACAAGCAGCCCUAGCAAUCAAAAGUAUCACUUCAUGACAUCUGGCUUCAGAUGUUCUUGAGCAGCAUUUUGUGCUUCUCUUCCCACAGCAAUUCUCUGCUGAUACUGUUUUUAAUAUAAAUGUACUCAGUGAGCAUGAGAAUAGCAGACAUAAGUCCAUCCAAAACACUGGUUUACUCCUUUUCUGUUACAUGUGUACAUACAUACAUUUCUGUUACUUAUUGCUGGAGAGUUGCAGCAUUGUAAAAUUAGGAAUUAGGUACAACUAUGUACGUAGUUGUAUGAUUAUUAUUAUUAUGGCACAUCUUGGCUUCAAUGGAUUUAAAAGCUAUUAUCUAGAUUAGAUUUGUAGUUAAAUAAUAAUUGCCAGCUUAGCAGUAGGUAAAAUAUAUGAAUGUUCCAAAGUAGUUUAGGGUUUUGAAUUCUUUAAAUAGAGUGAUUAGAUACUUAGAGUGCCGCUUCCCAUUAGAAGCCAACCCAUCAGCCACUAUGUUAGUGAGAUGGACCUGUGGGCUUCCAUGGCUUGGUUCCUUUUUGGUGUGAAAGAAAAAUGGCAAAGUGAUAAACUGAGUAUUUAUUUCCCAAUCAAAAAGUGCAAAGCUGGUGAAUAUCAUAAGACAAGUACUAUGUAUGUGUAUAUAUACAUAUAUAUAUGUGUGUGUGUGUAUGUAUGUAUAUUACAGAGGCAGGCAGAAAAACUAAAUGUGGAUAAUUCAACUUCAGGGUUGCAAAAUCUAACACUCAAAUUCCAAGAAGUUCAGGUUGCUCUUAAAAUGUAGCUCUGCUAAACUGUGUGUACUGACUGUGAUUCAUUGCCUUACUUGCAAGUUUUCUGUGGCAUGGAAGUGCCAUAAUUUGAAACGGGAGUAAAAGCCGUAAUGAUGAAUCAGCCCCAUUGUAUGUAAUAUCUUACUUCCUUUUUAAAAUUAUUUGUUAAAUUUGAAAAUUAAGUUAUUAUUGUCUGUUUAUUAAUGUAUCCCAUAACCUAUAGAAUGUGAUACCAGUUUUACUGUAUACCAUAACUUAUAAGCUGUACAAUAUACCCUGUUCUUUGUUGUGGGAACAGUUUUAUAUUGCUGUUUUAUGCAAGUGUAUGCAAAUAAAAUAAUAUUCAAGAAUGAACACUAUAAAUAUAAACCAGAUGUAGAUCAGAUCUUGCCCCUACCUUAUUUCCAGGUUAUAGUAGUAUUGUCACUAAUGAUUACUUAUAGUGCUAAGUAAAUUUAAAAUAAUGUAGAAUUUAGUCCCUGAUCAUGGACUGUAUGUGAAUUGUUGCUGCAUUGAUUUAGAAGAAAUGACUUCUCAAAAAUUUUACUGUGAAUCAUCCUCCCCAGUUCUUCUUAGCUUGUGUAUCAUGCAGCUGUACGCUGAACCAGUAAAAAUAAAAAGACUGUCAAUCUGCAAAAACUGCUAAAA